GAUCCUGGUCCGCAUCCACUCGGAGACUCAUUGUUCUGUUCCAGCCGGCUGCCUGCAUCCUGUGGACUUUGCUCCUAUCUCCAGGUUCGUCUUGUCCUCCCCUCCCUCCCCUCCCUCCCUCCCCUCCCUCCCUCUAUCUCUGAAUCUCUCUCUCUGUCGGUCCCUUCCUCUGUCUUUCUAUUCGGAGACAGCUCUCGGCUGCAUCGCGACACUCCUUGUGACCCCACUCUCCGGCCGUGAUGUUGGACAUGAGGAAGGUGAUGUGGCUGUUGGUGAUUCCUUGUCACGUCUUCAGCCGAACGUCCUCACCCUCUGGGAAUUGUACCGGUCUCUCGGAGAUCACCUUCCAGGAUAUCAAAGACAUCAUCGACAAAACAACGCAGAUGAACCUCUUGUUUAAUAAGAUUGCGGACUUGGAGGAGCAGAUGAUUACCCUGAAGAAAUACGUGCCAAGGGUUAUCUUUCACGCCCGGGUGUCCGAUGGGAAGAACCCUGUAGCUCAGAAGCGGGUGAUCUAUGACCAGGUAACCAUCAACAAGGGCUUGGCCUAUAACACAGUCACCGGAUUCUUCACUGCACCAGUGCCUGGCGUUUACCAGUUCACCUACUCACUGCUGGCCCAGAUGACCUCGGAACGGACCGCGGUCUACCUCAUGAGGAACGACGAGAGCCAGAGUUACCUCCACAGCAUCCUGAAGAGUGGCCAGGCCCAGAGCUCCAGCAUGGACACCAUCCUCUCCCUGAACCGGGACGACCAGGUCUGGGUCAGGCUGGGCACCGGAUCAGCCUGGAGCGGCCUUGGGGCCCUGAACUUCCAGGGGGUCCUCCUGGAGGCUGAGGAGGACUGA